UUUACAUGUAAAAUAUUUGCAUGAGGGCUACCACACACAGUCGGACCGGAAAAACUCGAGGAAAAAAGUUCCCGAUACAACACUCGUAAUUACCCACCAUCCUCGCCCUCUGAUACAAACAACAGGAUAGAGGCACUCCUCCUCUGUCGUGAAAGCACCAAUGGUGCCCAGAUCCAGUCAGUUGACUGUGAUCGUCACGACCUCGCCAACACCCUCUAUUCCUUCUACGGAGCUACUCUCCUUGGUACUGCAAUCUUUUCGCCGCCACUGUACGGACCUGAUCAGCGCCCGGGUCAUUGUAGUCUUCGACACAUAUGACCGAGUCGGGCCCCGAUCCCGCCUGAAAAGGGGCCAAGUCACUCCCGAAGUAGCAUCCAACUACGGCAUCUAUAAACAAAACAUUAAGGGACUAAUUCUCCGCGAAUAUGCAAUUCCCGACACCCCAAUGCAAGAGUGGCAGGACCAGGCCGAAUUCGGCCUAGACAACCUCAGCAAUGUGGUAGAUCUCUCGAUCACACAGACAGAAGACAAACAAGUCACCUUUAUCGAGCCGGCCGCGCGCCUGGGGUUUGGACUCGCUGUGCGCUCUGCCCUGCGCGUCUGUGAGACGCCGUACGUCUGGGUCCAGCAACAUGACUGGGCGCUCGUGGCUGAUAUCCCGUUGGCGCCGUUGCUGGACAUCAUGGAGGGGUCGGACGCGGAUAAAGCCGCACCGGUUAAAUACGUGUCUUUUCUCUCAGUGCGCAUGCUCUCGUACGCUGCCCAACCAUGUGUUCUGGAUUUUCCCGGCUUGCGGGCUGUGACUCGAUCGUUGACGAAGGGUUUUGUUCCCCCGUCACGACCGGGCGUUAGCGUUCCCUUGACGCCUCUUUAUUUCUGGUUUGAUAAGCCUCAUAUUGCGUCGACGGAACAUUAUCUGUCGAAGGUCUUUCCGAACCGUCUGACGAUGCGGCGGGGGGAGUUUAUUGAGGAUAAGGUUGGCCAGCAGGCGCGACAGCAGAUGAAAGAGGGUCUGUGGCAGAAAUGGGCUACUUGGCUCUAUUAUCCCGAGGAGGGGAAAAAGCUUUGUCUUGGCCAUUUACAAGGGCGGACCUGGAAGGGGACAGAGGGUGAAAUAUUGACUAGAUUCGGGUAUUCGGAGACAGAAACUGAGUUGACCUGAACUGAUCAAUGGGCUGGACAAUAUGAUAGUUCGUAUGUAUACGGUGUGCUUUCUGUGUAAUAUAAGGAGAAUACAUGGCUACAUUAUGG